AUGACGGUUGAGACAGACCAGUACAACGCGACGCGGCGCAUAGCCGGCGCAGUGUCGAACCAGGCGUCGGUAGACCAGCUGAGCGACGAGAUGUCCGAGUCGCUGCUCCUAAGCGACGACGGCGCAGGGUUUAUACAGCUGUUCAAAGAAAGCUCCGUCGAAGAGAUCCAUGUCAUGGCAUUUCUGCAGAAGAUGUUGGUGUCCGAAAAACUGGACGAGUAUUUCCGAGUCUGGAUCAAUCACGUGGACAGGUUUCCAAGCAGCACAAACCUGGUGGCAUGGGAUUGUCUGCACAAGACUCUGGCCAGGCUGGCGGCCCAAAGGUUUGCCAAUGUGACCACCAAACAGGAAUUCGACGCGGAGUUUGCAAAGCUCGCGGGAGAAAGCACGCUGACCACGUUUGGCGCCAUGGUCCAGCACUUACUCGCCUUCAGAGUGCUGGGAGACUCGAACGAGGCCAAGUCGUCGUUCGAAGACACCGUCCUGAGUCGGUUGUCCAAGCUGAAUUUCCCCAAGGCCACCGAAUCGAAUCACGAAAUUGACCUGCUGAUAGAUACCGUCAUCUUUGUUUACCAGCACCACCGCCUGGACCUUCCUGUGGAGACCAUUAUCGAGCAGGGCCUGCACAAAUCUUACCAGAACAUACCCCUGAUGAAGCUGUGGUGUCUGGCCUCCAUACAGAAAAACGACAUGGAUACGCUUGUACCAGCAUACAGGGUGUAUCUUAGCUACAACCACGAGCGGCAAGUGCAGAACUUCGGCGGCCACGUCGACAUCUUCGAAACCAUAGAUCUCUCGAGCAGUGUGCUGGGAUACCUCGUCUCAACCAAGCUGCGGCGCAACGUGUACGACCAGGUGGUCGUCUGGUACAACGAUCUUCGAAACAUGGUGGAAAAGGACCUUAUAGAGAUGUUAGGGGAGGGGCCAUAUACAGUGCUUCUGACACGCAAAUUGGCGUCAAUCUGGUACAAUCUCGGCAAAAUCUCACAGCAGCUGUGCAACAUCCACACAGUAACCAAGGAAAUACUGGACUCGCGACUCAGCCACACACUGAAAUAUUUCGAGCACGCCGUGGAGCUUGUUCAGAGUCUGCCGGCACAUCAGCCCAAUGAUACGCAAAUAGGCCGCUGGUAUUUCGACUACUCUUUCUCGCUGAUCAAAAUGGGCAGACUGAAAGAUGCCAUCAGGAGCCUCAAGAUUGCAAUCAGGCACGACCCGGAUAAUAUUCAGUAUCUCAACAUGAUUACUCUAGUGUAUUCAACCACGGAGGAAAACCUAGAUAAAGCGCUGAAAAUCAGCUCUGAGGUGAUACUUAACCUAAAAGCACAGCUUGCCGAGAUGCCCCCUGCCGAGCUCAACAGCGCACGCAAAUGGGACAUUCUGCAAAUGUUCAUGACCUAUAUUGCGCUCGUGGGAGCCGACCAGGACACGUUCGAGGCCGUUGAAUGCAUGCCGAUGUUUUUUGAGGUUGUGCACCAGCUGUUUGGGUCCGAGAUCAGCUCGGGUGAGUCCGCGCCCGUCGAGGAGGUCUCCGAGAAAGUGUCUGAAAGCGGCAAGAAAAACAUCCUACGCAAAAUAAAGUCGGGUCGAAGCAAGAAACCGGCUACCGUGCACGUGACUAACAAUAUGAGCUCGCAGGAGACCAAAAUGGUGCACGAUAUCUGGCUGUGGACGUCCAAACUCUUCGAAAAACAGGAGAUGGUGGAUGACGCGGAGGGCAGCGUGGCGGAGGCCGUCUCUGUGCUAUCUGAGACGUAUCUGACACACGCUCGGCUGGGGCAGCUGUACAUUGGGAUAAAUAACAAGCGGGCCCUUCAGGAGCUGGAGACUUCGCUCGACCUGAAGGAGGACGGCAAUGUGGAGGGUAUUCUAGGAUUCUCGAACCUCGUUCUUUUCGCAAACGACAAUUUGGUGUUUAUUAGCGAUGAGGACCGCAUGGCUGCGAUUUCGAGAUGCAAAAACUAUCUCGAGUCGCUGACGACCAACUACAGCUAUUUCCAGAUCAGCGACAUCUACUACGACCUGGCACACAUCUACGAGCUGACAGGCGACCGCGAGAACCAGGAAAAGUGUCUUACAAAAUGUGUGGAGCUGGCCGACAGCCAGGCAGUCCGCGUGUUUGACGAUAUUUUCUAG